GACAAAACAGAUCUCCAAUAGCAUGCAAGCAGCACAGCUGGAGGGCUGCAGCCAAGAACUGCCGCAUCACGAUGAAUAUGGUACUUACCCUUGACUGCUUCUGAGGAGUCAGGCUCAAAAAAUUUCCUCUCGGGAGGCUGUGUCGGUAGGUGGAGAGUAAGUGCUUUGUGAGCUCCAGAGCCCCAGGGAAGAUUGGAGUGCUGGUUCUGCAGAGCUGCGCCCUUCAUUAUGCAGUUCUGGUUCCAAAAAGGGACUGCUUCUGCUUCGAAAGGAAGCUUCUAAAGGUAACUCUUGUGGAAAAAAAAGCAGGUCUGCAAAGUGAAUGAGAGAGGGGUCAGUGCUUUUGCCCUGAGAAAAAAUCAGUGUGCUUCUAGCUAUCAAGUUUGACCUGGACUGCUCAGUUAUCCAGAGCUUCUGAAUACAGGGGAACGUUCACUUUUGAACUUGUUGAUUUGGAAGUAUAUGGCAUUGAUGUCUGAUCCCAUCUAUGAGGGGAUGGCGGUGGUGUGAGGAGCACAGGAGCCCUCCUUGUGGCUGAAGGAAGAGCACAGCAGAUGCAUAUAACGCUAACAGCUGAGAGAGACAUGCUUCCUACCAGCAGUGAUUGAAACCAGAAAUGGAGUGCACCAUUAGCACCAUGGGGUGCAACGCUUCCGCGCAUUACAGUAAACAUAAAUAUAACGAAACAGCCAUAAAAGCUACUGUGUUAAUCCAGAGGUGGUACCGUUGUAAAAGAGCCCAGCUGGAGGUCCGUCGCCGCUAUUCUCUGACUAUCUUUCAGUCAAUCGAAUAUGCUGAUGAGCAAGAGCAAACACAGCUGUCCAACUUUUUCACGUUCAUGCUGGAGCACUGUGUUCAUCGUGGUGAAGUUGCUCGUACUUCCACCGGCUCCGAUGUUUCUCCUGGUACGGACUCAUAUGUAAUUAAAUAUGAAAAGAUUGAUGUUCCAGACUCCUAUCGUGGACCACGACUCUCAUUUCCCCUUGAUAUUUCACAUGCUAAGACUCUUCUUAACGCGCUCAAGGAUAGACAGCUGCUUCAUGCCCGCUAUGUCCUGCAGCUGUUAUGUGAGACCAGGAGGGUUCUCAAGGAGAAGCCAAAUAUCACCCAUGUUUCAGUUUCCUACUUCAAGGAGAUAACCAUCUGUGGAGACUUGCAUGGAAAUCUGGAUGAUCUUUUACUGGUAUUCCACAAGAACGGUCUGCCUUCAGAAAACAACCCUUAUGUCUUUAAUGGCGAUUUUGUUGACAGAGGAAAAAAUUCUAUGGAAAUACUUAUAAUCCUAUUUGUGUUUCUUCUUAUCUACCCGAAUGAUUUUCACUUGAACAGAGGAAACCAUGAAGACUACAUCUUAAACAUGAAAUACGGCUUCGCUAAAGAAGUUUUGAAGAAGUAUAAGGACCAUGGCAAGACAAUUUUGCAUCAUCUGCAAGACAUUUUCAGCUGGCUUCCCCUUGCCACUAUAGUUAAUAACAAAGUGCUUAUUGUCCAUGGAGGAAUUUCAGACACCACAGAUUUGGAUUCCCUGAAUUUACUUGAGAGAAAUAAGCUGAAGACAUUGAUGAAGACACGAAAGUUAGAGACAGACAAAAAGAACCAGGAAGAACAUUCAGAGCUCACCGAGAAGGAACGGAAACAAGUCCUGGACAUCCUCUGGAGUGAUCCAAAUAAACAACAUGGCUGCACUCCAAACCAGCGUCGAGGAGGAGGUUGUUACUUUGGCCCUGACACUACUGACCAGCUGCUUAAAAGGUAUAAUCUGAAGAUGCUAAUCAGGUCUCAUGAAUUUAAGCCGGACGGCUACGACCUCACUCAUAAUGGGAAGGUUAUCACUAUAUUUUCUGCUUCUAACUAUUACGAAGCGGGGAGCAACCGAGGAGCAUACAUCCGAAUGAAUCCUGAUCUGGUUCCUCAUUUUAUACAGUACCAAGUCUGCGCGUGCACAGACAAGAAGAAAAAUUGGGAGAGGGUGAAAACAAUUGAACAGUCUGCUUUACAAAACUUACAAGAGAGGAUUUUUGUUCACAAGCGUAAACUCAUGGACACCUUUGCAAAGUGUGACUGCAAAAACACAGGCAGGAUUUCUAUCAGUGACUGGGCAGCAGUGAUGGAGUCAGUCCUACAACUCAAACUGCCCUGGAGGAUGCUGAGGUCUCGGUUAGUGAAGACAGAUCCAGAUGGAAAAGUUGACUACAUGUCAUGUUUUUGCUAUAUGGACACAGCUCGUCCUAUGCAUCAGGUUCAGCCAACUUUGGUGGAAACGCUGUGCAAAUACAGAAGAGAUCUGCAGAUGAUCUUUAACGUCUUGGAUGAAGAUCGGUCAGGUCUGAUUUCUCCCAAUGAGUUCCGCAAGAUGUGGAAGAUCUUCAGUUCUUACCUGGGAAUUCAUUCACACGAUGAAGCUGUUGACAAGUUAGCCCAGAGCAUAGACUUCAACAAAGAUGGCAACAUUGACUUCAGUGAAUUUUUAGAGGCCUUUCAUGUGGUUCACCAACUAGAGAACAAGGCAGCCUAGGGAAAGGGCAGAACUUCUUGGGGGUGUCACGGGAGCUCACCUUCCUGCCAUAGUCACAACAGCCUGGAAAACCAAUUUCCAGACUGACAAACAAUAAAUGGCAAGCACUGUGGUCACUGUGUAAGCCUGUGUUUAAUCCCUUUGGGAUGACGCCUACCUGCUAGUGAAGAGCCCAGAAGGGAUGACCACUACCACGUACAGUACUGCUGUGUCACUGCCACGUCAGUAUCUUAUCCUCACCCCCUGCUGUUAUCUCCUCCCCUACCCUAGGCAGCACCUACAGUGCCAUAGGAAGAGAUGCUUUGGUAGGUUUCUCCCAGCAGCCCUUAGAGAGAGCUAAGAAAUAGCACCGAUGAUCACAGGGAAUGUACCAGUCUCUCCUUGGGGAUGUGACAGGAAAAACAGGCUUUUUCUGUGGACCAUCUAGUCAAGGUAAGGAACACAGGGAAGAACCAUCUCAUUAAAAUAAGCACUUCUGCAUAUUUAAUCUUGCUCUUUGCAUGAUAUAAUUAAAGCAUUCCACAUUACUAGUUCUCCUCUUUGAAGUUUACAGACCCAACUUAAAGGAUAGGUGUUACACCUGCUAUAGAUUUGCACUUAGCACUGGUUACUUUUGCUGCAGUUGUUAGGUUUGGGGGUUAACGAGCAGUCCUAACUUGUCACCUUAAUCAGGGCUAAAUCUAAAGCACGUUCAUGUGACAUACAAUAGAUCUCACAAUAAAGCCUGAGCUUUCAAAGU